GUCGCGCGGAGUCACCUUCGUGGCCAUGGAGACGGGGCCGCCGGAGCUGCCGCCGGAGCUGCCGCCCGUGUUCCGCGAUGAGAGUUUCAGCGAGAAGUUCCUGCGCAAGACGCGCGAGAACCCCCUGGUGCCCCUGGGCUGCCUCUGCACCGCCGCCGUGCUCGCCUGGGGGCUCGUCAGCUUCAAGAAGGGCGACGUGCAGCGCUCGCAGCUGCUGAUGCGCGCGCGCGUCGUGGCGCAGGGCUUCACGGUGGCGGCGCUGCUGGGCGGCAUGGCGGCCGCCGCCGCCAAGGCCCGGCAGUGA